AUGUGUUGUGUUAUUUCUGUUAAUUCAAGCUCCCAGCAAUUGUUUUUAUCAUCUAUCGGCAUUGAAUGCUCAUUAUUUUGCUUCAAAUUACUUUCUUUCUUUUUUCUUUUAUUGAAUUUGUUUUUCGUUCUUGGCAUUUAUCUUCUAUUCACGCCAUUUUUCUUUCUUUCUUUCUUUCUUUCAUCCCUUUUUUAUCCAGUCUUUCUUUCUCGUUCGUCUCAUCUUUCUUUUCCCUUUUCUUUCUGUCUUUUCUUCUCAUUCGCUCUUAAUUUAUUUUAUUUUUCCUUCUUUUCCUUCUUCUUUCUACACAUCGUCAUUUUGGUCUUUCUACACUUUCAUUCAUUAAUUCAUUCAUUCGUUCAAUUUCUCUAUUGUUUCUGUCAUUAUUUAUUCGUUGAAAUGAUUUCUGUCUUUCUUACUUUCUACAUUUAUUUACUUAUUUGUCUCACAAUUUCGGCAAUUAUUUUUUUUUCCUUAAUUCGUUAUGCUUCCAUUUUUUUUUCUUCUCGCUGUCAAUUGUUAUUUCUUUCUUUUAAUUCAUUGAUCUUUCAUUCUCAAUUUUCGUUUUCUCCUUGCCAAGAUUUCUUUGUUUCUUUUUCAUUCAUCUGUCUGUCUUUCAUUCUCAAUUUUCUUCUUCUCUUUGUCAAUUUUCUUUUGAUCUUCCUUUUUUAUUCUUACGUGUUUAUUUUCAUCCUCAUUUUACUUCAUUUCUUUGUCAAGUUUUAUUUUUUCUAUCGUUUGCAUUCAUCUCUCCUUUUUUUUCAUUCUCAUUUUCAUUCUUCUCUUUGCCAAGUGUUCUUUUUCAUUCAUAUGUCUUUUCUUUCACUCUCAUUUUCACUCCUCCGUUUUGUUUUUCUUUAUAUAAUAUCUCUCUAG